AAAAUCUCUGCCCUGUGGACACUAAGAGGGCCUCUUUUAACAAGCCCAUUAUGGGUUUGGCCAGGCCCACAAUGGAGUGAAGGACGGAGCACGACAUAUCAGUACGGACCCCCCCGCCGACGUUAUUACAUAAUCAAAGUUUUGCUAGUGUCACGUCAAUAAAUAAAACACUUAAAAUUGAAAAUAAUAAUUUAAAGACUUAGUUUUAAAACUGAUAAGGAAGUAUAUAAAAAUGAAAUUAGUUUAAAAAAUAAAAAAUUGUUUCUUGAUAUUUUUACCAGCAGGGGGCGUAGAUAGUCGUAAAGAUGGAGGGAGUGUUGAGGAUUUUGUGUUGCUUCUCUUACAUAUAAUGUAAUGUAAAAAUUUUCUAUGCAUAGCUUGAUUAUUUAUGAAAUUAAAAAUGAAUCGAGAAUUAAAAGAGUUGUCUUCCUUAAUAACAAGAUGUUCUGUAUCAGAAAGCAUAUCAACCAGGACAGCUGCAUUAAAGAUUCUCCAACUAAUGUCGAAGGAUGUGGAUUUAAGUCCCAUUGCUGGAAACAUUACCAAAUUAUUGGCUUCUUCUGAUAUAUUUGUCAAAAAAGUAGUGUGUACUUUCAUUGAUAGGUAUUCAGAUAGAGUCGAUGGUUUAAAUUUGUUAGUGACAAAUACUCUAAUCAAAGAUUUGAAAGAUGCAAAUCCAUUAUUUAGAGGUGUUGCUUUAAAGACAUUAUUCAGAGUUCCAAACUUAACAGAGCAAGAAGAAAUACUAUUGCUAUCAGCACUAAAAGAUUCCAGCUCAUAUGUGAGAAGAGUAGCAGUUAUGUCUUGUUGUCAGUAUAUUAAAAAUUCUUCAGAAAAUUUUAAUUCAGAACUUAUUCAUAAUCUGUAUGAAAUGAUCCGUGAUCCUGAUCCUGGAGUUGUAGUUAAUUGUCUAACAUCUCUGGAUGAAAUUCUUAGUUCUGAAGGAGGAGUAGUUAUUAACUACAAUAUUGUUCACUAUCUACUUUCUAGAAUUUUAUCAUUUCAUGAAUGGGGUAUAUCAACAGUACUUCACUUCGUACAAAAAUAUGUCCCUCAAAAAGAAGAAGAACUAUUUGAAAUUUUGAAUUCUUUAGAUGAUUAUUUAACACAUACUAAUUCACUUAUUGUCAUACAAACACUUCAAAUAUUUCUUUCGUUAUGUAAUAAUAAUUUUCCUCAUUUAUUGAAAGAAGCCUUGAAUUGUGUGUUUCCUAAAAUCCAAUCCAAUUUGGUAUCAUCUAAUAAUGAAUUAGUUUAUUCAACUCUAAUUCUUGUAGAACAAUAUAUUGUUUAUAGCAAAGAGUUAUUUUGCUCAAAUUAUAAAUUGUUUUUUUGUCAUUUUUCUGAUUCUAUGAUUGUGAAAGUAAAAAAACUCUGCAUUUUACCACUUCUGACAACUUCAACCAACAUAUCUGACAUAUCUGAAGAAUUAAUUACUUAUUGUACAAAUAACUCUCCUGGAAUAUACAAAGCUGCUAUAAAGAGUAUAGUACAAAUUGCAAAUUUGUUUCCUACAAAUUUACAAAAUUUAAAGACACUUAUCACAUUAAUAGAUUUACAGUGUGAAUCGCUUACAGUUGAAAUAUUGAAUGCAUUCUCUUUAUUAAAUUUACAUCAAGAUGAAGAAAUUAAAUCUCUCUUAUUGGCCGCUAUUUCAAAGUAUUAUAAACAGAUCAAUGAAACUUCAGGGAAAUGUGCCAUACUGCAAUUAUUAGGCUACUACGGACAGACAACAAUGCACACUCCUUACAUUUUGGAAUCCAUGAUGGAAACAGUUGAAGAGGAGGAAGAUGCUAUUGUCAAAAUGACUCUUCUGACUACAACAAUUAGAAUGUUUUUGCACAGACCUGCUGAGAUGCAGGAGAUUUUAGGAUUUUUGUUAGAAAAAUGCAGUAACGAUAAACAUCCUUGCAUCAGUGAUCAAGCUCAGUUCUAUUAUCAUCUCCUGCAUGAUAUUCCUCUAGCAAAAAAAAUAAUUUUAGGAGAAAUGGAGAAUGACAAAAACUCAAUUAUGAAACUGAACAAGUGAAAUACCUAACUUUAUCUUUUUUAUACAACAAUCAAAUUUUUAUUGAUUUAAAUUAUUUAAAAUUAACUAGUCUAGAUGAAGAAAUAAUUUUCACUGUGAUAUAUUGUUCUAAACAAAUGGAAAUAAGUGUAUUAAGACUAAAUUGUUAUCAUCAAUUAAGUAGAAAUUUUAUAUGAAUUUUAUAAAAACUAAUAAUUUUGUAUACUUAAUCAUUUAUUGUUGUUUUAGUUAUAAAAUAACUGUGUAAAUUAUUGUUAAAAGAAAGAAUAAUUUUCUUUGUAUUUAUUGUUUUUCUAGAAGUGCUUUGAGCAUUAAUCCUCAUAUUUAAUUGCUGAAUUGAAGCAAGCAAAAGAUUAUUAAAUUUGAAGUUCUCAAAUUGAGAAGAAACUGAUUUAAUAUUUUCAUUAAAUUCUAAUACCAAAAAGUAUCGGUGUUAUAUUUAUUUUGUAAUGAGUCUACUGUGAUGAAUAUUUGUCUUUUGUUGUGUUUAAUAUUUUAAAAAUUGUUUUCUCUCCCCAAGUGUUUAAUUGAAAAUAUAAUGAAGAUAUCUUGAAAAUAUUUAUAUAAUUUUUAAAAUAUUUUUUUCUAUUGUUAACUCAUAUUUUCAUCAGCAAGUCAAUUAUUAUUACAGUAUUAUUUCUUUGGAAAUACCGAAAUUUUCUAUCCAUUGAAACACUCAAAAUUUCAUACUUUGUAGUAAAUAAAAUAUUUCAGUUUUAAAUAUUAAGAAAGUGUAUACUGUUGCUUCACUUUUUGUGUUUUCAUUAAGUGUAUCAAGGAAAGUAAAAUGAGCUUUAGUUCACUUUAUAAAAUGUGAAUUAGAAAUAAUAAUGUUAUAUUUGUAUAAUUUUAAGUUUUUUUAUUCAUAUUUAUGUGGUACACAAGUAAAUUUGCACAGUAGUUGUGAACUCAAGAUUUAAUCUUGGAAUGAGUCGAGUUGAAUGGAUAAAAAAAUUUUUAAUGUGAUUUCAAUAAAAUUGCUACCUUACGUGUUAGCAAAUUCAUAAGUAAUAUACAAAUAGAACACACGAUACAAUAUAAAUAAGUAAACUUUAAUUAGAAAAAUAUUUUUGGAAAAUUUACUAGUGUUUCUUUUAUUCUGGAGUGCCAGGGACCACUCCCCUGGGUACACCACUGAUGCCACACAUCUACAUUCUGAAGCUAAAUUUGUCUCAUAAGCACAGGAAAGGUCUUUGCUAGUAAACAUACCUUUGGUACAUUAACUAGAGAAGGUUUGUUUAUAUUUUCAC